AUCGACACCAAAUCAAACCGAAUGUGCUUUAUCCUUAACCACAUUAACCAUUACCAUCUGAUGUGUACAUGUGUCAUAGAAUUCCCCGAAGACCAUACAAUAUUGUUGUGUAUAUUACCCGACUAUUCCUUUUGAAGUCACACGUACUCGAAUACCAUUAUCUUGACAAAUAAACAUAUUAUAACCAGCACGAAUCUAGGAUACUGAUACAUACCAAAACACAUGCGAUAUAUGCUCACCUUAAAAAACGUUUAGCGACUUGAAGAUAGACAAACACCGACAGUACCGUACAACAAAUCGGAUUAAUUAACACACUCAACUUGUGGAGAGGGGAAUCAAAAAUAAAACGCCGCCAAAAUUGUGGGCCACAACUAACAGCAGUUAACCCACUGAAACUGAAACUAUGACUUUCCUUAGCGGGGCAGUAUGUCUGCUUCUGCUGACAACCCUUGCUUAUUCUUCAACACUUCUUCGUUAUGAACCAGAAGAUGGGUUACCAGCUUUUGUAAGAUCAGCUGUGGAAAGUGUUCCACAAGACGAACCCGAAGAUCAUUUAGGUCGCUAUUCCUUGCGACCUACUUAUGGAGACAUUUUCCUACCGCUACGUAGUGCUGUGGAGAGUGUUCCAACAAUUCGUUCCGAUGACACUUUUUUGGGUAAAUCAUUUGUACGUUCGUCAGUUGAGUCAGCUCCAGAAUUUGACUCGACUCUAGAAGAUUUAAUCGAAGAAGACGAAGAAUUGCUAGAAAUCGAUGAAAAACCCAAGCCUGAAAAACUCAAGGCUGCCACAGUGGAAGAUGAUGUGGAACUUAUGGAAAAUGUUCCAAUCUAUCCGGCAGCUGAUGAGUAUGCAGCUUAUGUCGAACCUGGUUAUAAUAAUGACCUUAGUCCUGAACCUUUUCGAAGUGGUUCACCAUAUCAACAACUUGUAACAGCUGAAGAAUUGCAAGUUGAAAGAGAAGAUGAAGCACGUUUUGCACUUCUCAAAACUGCUCCAGCUACAAGGAGAAAGAACUUAAACCGAUCACCACAAGUUUUAUGUUAUUUCACCAAUUGGGCUUUUUAUAGACAUGGUGAUGGUAAAUUCGUUCCAGAGAAUGUGGAUCCUUCAUUGUGUACUGCUGUGAUUUAUUCUUUUGCCGCAUUGGACCCGGAUCUUUUGACUAUCAAAGAAUUCGAUCCAUGGGUUGAUGUUGAAAAUGGUUACUAUAAAAGAGUAACCUCAAUUGAGGUGCCAGUUUUGAUAGCUUUGGGAGGUUGGACUGAUUCCACGGGAGAUAAAUAUUCCCGUCUUGCAGCUGACGAGAUCAAACGGAAUGUCUUUGCCUCGAGUGUAGCUGGUUUCCUUCAGCGACAUGGUUUCAAAGGUCUACAUCUUGACUGGAACUACCCCAAAUGCUGGCAAAGUGACUGUAAGAGUGGACCAGCAAGUGAUAAGCCUAAUUUUACCAAACUUGUAAAGGCUUUAAGAACCGAGUUCGAUCGUGUGGAUAAGAAUUUGCAACUUGGAGUUGCCAUUUCAGGAUAUCAAGAAAUCAUCGUAGAGGCUUAUGAUCUCGCAGAACUCUCCAAACAUGCAAACUAUUUGACUGUAAUGUCUUACGACUACCAUGGAGCCUGGGAAAUGCAAACUGGACAUGUGAGUCCACUUUAUGGUCGCAAGGGUGACAAAUAUCCGCAAUACAACACAGACUAUGCUAUGCAAUUGUUAGUGAGGAAUGGUGCUGCUCCUGAAAAACUUAUCAUGGGUAUUCCAUUCUAUGGACAAACAUUCACUCUUGAAGACUCCAACAACCGUCUUGUGGGCGAGGGAACACCAUCAUCGGGUCCCGGUGAAGCAGGUGAAAUUACCAAACAACCUGGAAUGUUGGCUUACUAUGAAAUCUGUCAGAGAAUUCGCAAAAACAAAUGGCAAAUUGGUCGAGAUUCGGAAAGAAAAUCCGGACCCUAUGCAAUGCUUCGUGAUCAAUGGGUUGGCUAUGAAGAUGCUUCAUCGGUUGAAGCUAAAGCUAGAUAUGCGGCUAAUGCUGGAUUUGGUGGUAUUGCUGCUUGGACUAUUGAUCUUGAUGAUUUCCAAAACAGAUGUUGCUCGGAAGCUUAUCCACUUUUGAAGGCUAUUAAUCGGGCUUUAGGUCGAUUGGAGAGUUCUCCACCAUCGCCGGGAAGUAAUUGUGCUCGUCCAGCACAGCCUGUGACACCAGUUCCUCCAGUUAUGACAACAGCCAGUUCUGAUGGUGGUGCUGGAAAUGUUGGUAGUUAUGAUUCAACAACAUGGCCUUCAUGGCAAGCUUCGACAACUACAACAUCUCGUCCAGUUCAUGUUCAUUCUACAACAACUACACCAACUUCUACAACAACAACGACCACGAGAAGACCAACAACUGUUAAAACUACCCGACGAACAACGACUGCUCAGCCAGAUGUAGACAGCACAACAAUUCCAGCUCCAGCUUUGAUCCAACCAGUUAUGGUUUCAUCCAACUGUCGUGCUGGGGAAUUCCUACCACAUCCAAGUAAUUGUAAUGCCUAUUUCCAAUGUGUUGCCGAUGGAGAGUUGGUUCAGCAAUUCUGUGCUGGAGGUCUUCACUGGAAUCGCGAAAAUAGCUACUGUGAUUGGCCAGCAUCUGCUAAUUGUAAGAUAACUUCCCAAACAACUAAGAGUCCAAUUGAGACUUUCAACAGUAAACCUCAGACGACUCCUCGUAAAACAACCGCUUUGCCGGUUCAAAAUGAUUACCCAUCAACAACAUCAAGGCCAUCAAGACCAUCCAGACGGCCAACUCCGUCAACAAGCUAUCAAACAACACCCAGACCAUCAAGGCUGCCAAUUCAGGCGGAUUAUCAAACAACAGCUAAGCCAUCAAGACGUCCAGUUCAAACUACACCCAAGCCUGUUGUAUCAUCGAAGCCAUCAAGACGUCCAGUUCAGGCUGACUAUCCAACAACAUCAUCUAAGCCAGUUUUUGUCCAACCAUCAAAGCCUCCAUCACCUUCACGUCCAAAGAGGCCAAAGAAGUGCAAAGCUGGUCAAUACUGGCCUCAUAGGAACUGUGGACAAUACUAUGUCUGUGUCAAUGAGGUUCUCAUUCCGAAUAACUGUGGAAAUGAUCUUCAAUGGAAUCAUGAGAAAAAGACCUGUGACUGGCCAAGUAAUGUUAAAUGUGUCUCCACUAAGAAAUACCUGCGACUUAUUAAUUCUAAGGCUGCCGAAAGUGAUCCCUGUGAAGGCAAGAACUUUGUUCCUUACCCAGGUGAUUGUGGGAAAUACCUACGUUGUAAUUGGGACCGUUUGGAAGCUGCCGAAUGUGGACCAGGUCUCCACUGGAAUGCUAAUCUCGAUAUUUGUGAUUGGCCAUCGAAUGCAAAUUGCGUUCAAGGAGAAAUCGGUCUGGACGAAGGAGAAAAUAAUGCUAUCGAUAAUGGUGAUAACAGUCUUCAACCUGUGGAUCCAUUAGAUCCUAGUCCACCUUCAACAACCACUGCCAAACCAGUCACAACUCCAAGACCGACUUAUCCAACUGAUAAACCACAACUUGAACCUCUUGAUGGUCACUACAAGGUCGUCUGUUACUUUACAAACUGGGCUUGGUACCGUAAAGGACUUGGUCGUUACACUCCCGAUGACAUCAACACAGAUCUUUGUACUCACAUUGUUUAUGGCUUUGCAGUUCUUGACUACUCUGAGCUCACAAUUAGGACCCAUGACUCUUGGGCUGAUAUCGAUAAUAAAUUCUACACACGAGUAGCUGAUCUCAAAUCAAAGGGUGUUAAGGUCACGCUGGCUUUGGGUGGUUGGAAUGAUUCCCAAGGUGACAAGUACAGUCGUUUGGUAAGAAAUCCCUCAGCUCGAGCAAAAUUCGUCAAACAAGCUGUUGACUUUUUGGAGAAAUACGGUUUCCAAGGUUUAGACUUGGAUUGGGAGUAUCCAGUUUGUUGGCAAACUGAAUGUAGCAAGGGAAUUGCUGAUGAAAAAGAAGGUUUUACAGCUUGGGUAAGGGAACUCUCUGAUGCCUUCAGACCAAGGGGGCUUUUACUGUCUACUGCAGUUUCACCUAGCAAGAAAAUUAUCGAUGCUGGUUAUAAUGUUGCCGAAUUGGCACGUUAUUUCGAUUGGAUUGCUGUCAUGACUUAUGAUUUCCAUGGUCAAUGGGACAAGAAGACUGGACAUGUAGCUCCACUGUAUUAUCAUCCGGAAGAUGAUUUUGAUUACUUUAAUGCUAACUUUUCUUUGAACUACUGGAUCGAAAAAGGUGCUCCAUCGAGAAAGAUUGUCAUGGGAAUGCCACUUUAUGGACAAUCUUUCACUUUGGAAAAUCCUAAACAGAACGGACUGAACGCCAAGGCUCCUGGGCCAGGACAAGCUGGAGAAUUCACUAGAGCAGCUGGUUUCCUAGCUUACUAUGAGAUCUGUGAUCGAAUUAAAAAUCAAGGUUGGGAAGUUGUCCAAGAUGAAAAAGGUCGCAUGGGACCUUACGCUCGUAAGGGUAACCAAUGGGUGUCAUUCGAUGAUCCAGCUAUGAUCCGGAAGAAGUCACAAUUAGUUCGAGCUCUUAAUCUGGGAGGAGGAAUGGUCUGGGCAUUAGAUUUGGAUGAUUUCAAGAAUCGUUGUGGUGAUGGUGUUCAUCCACUUUUGACACAAAUUCAUGAUGUACUCAAAGCUCCACCAAGUGGCUAUGAACCAACACCUGGUUUGACAAACUCCGAUGAACCAAUUGCACCCGAGAAACCUGUAGAAACUGUCGAAGAAAAUCAAUCCAACGAGAAACCCAUAGAAACAAUUGAAGAAAUUCAAUCAAAUGAAGAAAUUCCAGCUAAUAUCGAAACUAUCGAUAACGAACUUCCCGCCGAUCCAAAUACCGAAGUCGAAGAAGAAGACGAAGGUUCUUAUGAAAUCGCAUCCGAUAAUGAUAUGGACUUUAAGGUCGUGUGUUAUUUCACAAAUUGGGCUUGGUACCGCCAAGGAGGUGGCAAAUUCGUUCCCGAAGAUAUCGAUUCUGAACUUUGUACACACAUUGUCUAUGGUUUUGCUGUCUUAAACCGUGAAACCUUGACCAUUCAACCUCAUGAUUCUUGGGCUGACAUGGAUAAUAAGUUCUAUGACCGAGUUACAACUUUCAAAGCUAAAAAAGUCAAGGUCACCGUUGCCAUUGGCGGGUGGAAUGAUUCAGCUGGUGAUAAAUAUGCUCGUUUGGUUAAAGACGCUGCAGCUCGUGCAAGAUUCAUCAAACAUGUUAUCGAAUUUAUCGAAAAGUAUAACUUUGAUGGUUUGGAUUUGGAUUGGGAAUAUCCAGUUUGUUGGCAAGUCGAUUGUAGCAAGGGAUCUAUGGAUGAAAAGGAAGGUUUUGCUGCAUUGGUGCGAGAGCUUUCGCAAGCUUUCAAGCCUCGUGGAUUGCUUUUGUCAUCGGCUGUAUCUCCUAAUAAAAAGGUUAUCGAUGCUGGUUAUGAUGUUCCAAUUUUAUCGAAAUACUUUGAUUGGAUUGCUGUUAUGACUUAUGAUUUCCAUGGACAAUGGGAUAAGAAAACUGGUCAUGUUGCUCCAAUGUAUGCUCAUCCUGAUGAUGAUCCAACUUUCAAUGCAAACUUCUCAAUCAGUUAUUGGAUUAACCAAGGUGCUGAUAGGAGGAAGAUCAUUAUGGGAAUGCCAAUGUAUGGACAAUCAUUCUCACUAGCUCAAGCUAAUGGUCAUGAUUUGAAUGCUCCAACUUAUGGUGGAGGAGAAGCUGGCGAAGCUACUAGAGCUCGAGGAUUUUUGUCUUAUUAUGAAAUUUGUAGCAAUAUUCGUAAUAAGAAAUGGCAUGUGGUUAGAGAUCCACGUGGACGAAUGGGUCCAUAUGCAUAUUUGAGGGAUCAAUGGGUGUCAUUCGAUGAUGUACCAAUGAUUCGUCAUAAGAGUGAGUAUGUCAAGGCUAUGGGACUUGGUGGUGCUAUGAUUUGGGCUUUGGAUUUGGAUGAUUUCAAGAAUAAAUGUGACUGUGAGUCAUAUCCAUUGUUGAAGACUAUCAAUAGGGUCUUGAGGAAAUACCCAGGGGCUCAGCCACAUUGCAGGCUUGAGGAUAAGUCAGAAAUCUCAAGCAUUAGUUCCGAUACGGACAGGUAUGUGGCUCCAUCUGUUGAGCUCACCACUAAGCAGACUCCAGUGAUUGUUCGGGAAACAUCUCUGAAGCCUGCUGUCUACACUGAACCUGAAGAAUUGGAAGAGCCUGUGGAAGCCGAAGAUAUGAGUUGCCAUGGACGAAACUUUGUGGCACACAAGAGGGAUUGCAACAAAUACUACGUCUGUCAAUUCGGAGGUCUUAUUGAACAAAGAUGUCCCGAUGGUCUCUAUUGGAAUGAAAACUAUUGCGAUUGGCCACAAAACUCUCAAUGUAGUAUCACAGAUUCUAGAACUACGACCUCUACGACCCCCAAGCCAAAACCUGUAACCAAACCUACGAAGAAACCAGUUCCGGCCACAACCAAGAAGCCAACUUCAACUCCAACCAAGAAACCAGAUAAGAAACGUCCCCCGGUAAAGCCUUCGGGUGAUGAACAAUACAAAGUCGUUUGCUACUUUACCAAUUGGGCAUGGUAUCGCCCAGGUGAGGGCAAAUUCGUUCCAGAGGAUAUUGACGAAAACCUCUGCACACAUAUUGUCUAUGGAUUCGCAGUUCUAAACAGGGAUAGUCUGACCAUCAAGACUCAUGAUUCUUGGGCUGAUAUUGACAAUAGAUUCUAUGAGCGAGUUGUUGCCUACAAAGAGAAGGGAAUUCGUGUAACGGUUGCAAUUGGUGGAUGGAAUGAUUCGCUCGGUAACAAAUAUGCUCGAUUAGUUCUUGAUCCUCAAGCCAGAGCUAGGUUUAUAAGAAGUGUUCUUGAUUUUGUGGAGAAAUAUGGUUUUAAAGGUCUUGACUUGGAUUGGGAAUACCCAGUUUGUUGGCAAGUUGAUUGUAAGAUGGGUUCUCCUGACGAAAAGGCUGGAUUUGCUGCAUUGGUUCGUGAACUUUCUGAGGAAUUCAAACCUCGUGGACUGCUUUUGUCAUCGGCAGUGUCACCAAGUAAAAAGGUGAUCGAUGCUGGUUAUGAUGUGCCAGUACUAGCUCGCUACUUUGACUGGAUUGCGGUGAUGACUUAUGACUUCCAUGGACAUUGGGACAAACAAACUGGACAUGUUGCACCUUUGUACUAUGUUGAGGGUGACUCUUAUGACUAUUUCAAUGCUAACUUUACAAUGCACUAUUGGAUCGAAAAGGGUACACCACCAAAGAAACUUGUCAUGGGAAUGCCAUUGUAUGGACAGUCAUUCUCAUUGGCCGAUACUAGUUCACGAGGCUUGAAUGAGAAGACUUAUGGUCCUGGAGAAGCUGGUAAAUUUACACGUGCUGGUGGAUUUUUGGCUUAUUAUGAAAUUUGUGAGAAUGUCAAUAAUGGCGGAUGGACUGUAGUACGAGACGAUGAAGGACGUAUUGGACCUUAUGCUUAUCGUGGCAAUCAAUGGGUGUCAUAUGAUGAUGUGGCAGAUAUUCGAAGAAAAUCACAAUUCGUUAAAGACUUGGGUCUUGGUGGUGGAAUGGUUUGGGCACUAGAUUUGGAUGAUUUCCGUGGAAGAUGUGGUUGCGGUAAACAUCCAUUGUUGAGAACAAUGAACCAAGAAUUACGAGGAAUACCAGGACAAAGAGCAAACGAUUGUACAUGAUAGAAAAAUUGCUAUAAUGGGAAACAUUUAAAAAAAGAAAAAUUGGUGUUGGAUGCAUGGGAUGAGAUCUGUUUUUGAGAUUUCAUAUUUAUAUAUAAUUAGAAAAUAAUAUAAGAACACAAUGGGAGAGAGUUUUUGGAGUGGUAUCAUAUAGCUCAAAACUCUUCUCUAAUUACGAGAUCUUUAUUUAAAAUGUAAUUUAUAGGAUAAACGAAUCGAAACAAGCUUAAAUAAAAUGACGAAAUAUUA